GAUGGAUUUUUGUCGACUUCAUAGUCGGCUCUUUAUUUACAAAACAUGUUAUGAUUCUUUAUUUUUUACAAGCACAAGUACAAGACCAAGAAAAGGAAAUACUGCACCAGUGCACCACGCACUUGUACAUUGCGUAUUAUGAUUCAAGAAAAGCUCUACUUAAGUAAACUUGAUGAUGUGUAUGUGUCAGAAGAAACUUCCUCCAAUCUUAUGGAGUUUCAAAAGGAUGGCAUUCGAUUUCUUUACAUACAGUAUAAAAAGGAGAAGCCGGGAGUAAUUGUGAAUGAUACGGAGUGUCCUGAGAGGACCAUGCAGAUAAUACUCUUUUUAAUGGCAAUCAAGCACACAUUGAGGAAACCCGCACUCUUGCUUUGCAAUAGUAUCAAUGAAAUAAAAAUACUUUUUCAUGAUUUGGCUCCAAAAUUUACUGAUGUUUCAUUUGAGUCUCACAUUCACACAAUUGAUAAAAAAAUCUAUGUUAACUCUUUAGAUAACAUAAGCACCCUCUGCCACCAUGAGUGGAGUGUCUCGGUCGUAUUUGAAGAAGAAUUUAAUAUGAAAUUAUUGAAACUGUUAAAAUCAUUGAAAGUUAUGUUUAAAAUUGCUGUUGUAUCAAUGGACUUAAAGAAAAAAUUAACAGCUUUUAUGCCAAUCUAUGAAUGGAUUUACCCAAAUGAGACUAGUAAAAUGGAGCUACUUAUAUCAAGAGAAAAGAAAAUGAAGAAUUUGAUAGAAAAAGCUAUUUAUGUGGAUAGCUUAUUUGAAACCAUUGUGUUGAAUAGAAAUUUAGGAAAAAACAUUGAACAAUGUACUCAUAGAAAUAGAGAUGUUACUUCAGCAACAGCUCCAGAGUCAAAUGUAUCAAGAAAAAACAAAGAUCCCACCGGAACGAAAACAAAACGAACUAACAAAAUAUAUCACCAACAUGCCGCAGCAGAUACCAAUACUGAUAUAGAUAACGUUCAUGUUAAGGGUGAUAGAGAAUACUUGACUGAGAAAAAAGAUAAAAAAAAUAACAGAAGCAAAAAAAUUAAGCUAACUCCAGAUAGUGAUAACAACAAAGAAGAAAAUAUAAACUUUACGAAUAGUUUUAUAGAAAGUAAAACAGACAUUAGUGCUAAAAUAGAUAUUGCUACAGAUCACUUAUUUGAAAAUACUGCUGUUAAGAAUAGCAUUUUAUCUAAGUUUGCUGAAACAGAAAACAGUUUUAUUGAUAGCCGAGAUGCAGAAAAUAAUGAACUAGAUAUAAUUAAUGAACCCAGUAGAACUGAAUAUAAUGAGUUUACAAAUGUCUAUGAAGAGUCAAGAUACAAUAAUUGUAAGGAUGACCAAAACACAGUAACCGAAGGGACAAAUCAAACUAAGUACAGUGUAAAUGAAGGUUUAUUAUUAAGUAAUGAUGAUGAAAAUGAUACAAUAAAUUUAAGAUAUAGUGAUGAAAUUAGCAUUGAUGAAAUAGAAUUCAAAUCUUGUACCAAAGAGAAGGAAUUAAAUGAACAUGAACGAAUUGAAAUCAAAGACGACAUUUGUAAUAAAACUGUUAUGACUCAAUUUGAUACAAAAAUGAAAAAUAUUGAAGAAAAGACUGUUGAAAAGUUUAAAGGAUCGUUUUUGGACAGCAUAUUUUAGGUAAGGAACUGAUCUGUUGGAUUUUAAGAAGAAUGUUUUGCGAGAGAGCAGAUAUCUAAUGCAGUGUCAGAGUCAGUGGGGUCAAGGGAAGGGCAGUGAUCCGUCGCUAGAACCAUUGACCUAUUGGUCCGAUGACAUUAGGAACGUAACUGGACCAAACAGGAUGAAUGUGGCACAGUGGGGUUACUCUAUAUGUCGAAAAACGAAGUUUCGUAGCGCUGCUGCGCCAGUCACGUCUCUAUCUCGAAUUAAACGUGCCGACAGCAGGCUAUAUGUAUUCAUAACAAAUCAAAUGAAUUAUGUAUUUAAAGUUUCAUGAAUAUACUUACUUACCUACAUAAACUGCAUUCAUUCUUACUUGGCAAAAAAGGUCAACAAUCUUUGUGUAUCUUUUUAUUUAAAUUUAUUAAGAAACUAUGUUUUAAAAUAAAACAAAACAAGAAAUGAUAUACUUACUAGCAAAAAUGAUUAAUUUUGUAAUUAAACCAUUUAUUUUAGCUGUAAGUAUACUUGUUUAAUAAUAUUUUGAUUAAAAAGACACACAAAGAUUGUUUACCUUUUGUGCCAAGUAAGGACAAAUGGAUUAUUGGUAGCUACUACUUUUGUAUUUUUAACCACUUCAUUUAAACACUUUAAUGUAUACAAUAUACAUAGGUAUAACAAUAAAAAAAAUCGAGAGAAUUAAACUAGACUAGUAUACAAGGGCGGACUUAUCACCUCAACGCGAUCUCUUCCAGUCAACCCUGGAGGAAAGGACACAAGUGGCUAAACUUCAUGUGUACAAUAAAGUAUUUAUUUGUAAAUAAAUAGAAAAUACCCGCAUUUUAAUACAGUCGUUAAUUACUUAGUUAUGCCCUCACCAUAGACUAAUAUUAGUCUAUGCCCUCACUAAUAAAAAGAGUCGUACAAUAGGUAUAUUAUAAAUAUAUUAAAAUAUACUAGUUUGUACAUUUUAUCUAAUA